UUCGCCAUCCUUAUAGAGUUCAGAGGUCAUGCGUUUUAACCGUCACAGCGGUGCAUCUGAAAGGUGUUGGUGUUUUUAAAGAUGUGGCUUAGUCGCGCCAUGUGGAGCUUCUAAAUUACUGUGUUUAUAAAUCAGUUGCAUUUUCUCCACGCAUUUCUUUUUUUUAGCUUCCGGUAGUUUAUAUCGAGCUAAUUUAUUAUACAACUAGCAAUUUAAUAGCGUGUCGCUAACUAGCCUAGCCUAGCCUAGCAUUUGGUAGAGUUGGUGGAAGUUUUAGUUGGUUGCAGUUGAUAAUAGAAGUUCAGUAAGUGAGACAGAAUAAAGAACUGCAGAUAUGCAGGAAAUAAUCGCCAACGUUGAUCAUUUAAAAUUCGACCUGGAGAUCGCUGUCGAGCAGCAGUUAGGGGCGCAACCGCUGCCGUUUCCAGGAAUGGACAAGUCAGGAGCAGCUGUGUGUGAGUUUUUCAUGAGAUCUGCUUGUAUAAAAGGAGGUGGCAUGUGUCCUUUUCGGCACAUCAGUGGAGAAAAGACGGUGGUUUGUAAACACUGGCUUCGAGGAUUAUGCAAGAAAGGAGAUCAGUGUGAAUUCCUGCACGAGUACGACAUGACGAAGAUGCCCGAAUGCUAUUUCUACUCCAAAUUUGGGGAAUGCAGUAAUAAAGAAUGUCCUUUCUUGCACAUUGACCCGGAAUCUAAGAUUAAAGACUGUCCGUGGUAUGAUCGAGGAUUUUGCAAGCACGGUCCGGAUUGCCGACACAGACACACAAGGAGGGUCAUCUGUGUAAAUUAUCUAGUAGGCUUCUGUCCCGAGGGCAAGUCGUGCAAGUUUAUGCACCCACGCUUUGAGCUACCAAUGGGGACAAAUGAACAGCCACCUCUGCCUCAGCAAAACCAGAUCCAGCAAAAGCAAAAUGCACAGAACCAAAACAGAUCAUCGUUGUCACUGAUCCAGUUAACCAGCAACAACAACAUGGUCAAUACACACUAUCAAAAACCCAUGCUCGGAUCUUCACAGUCUCAGAACAACACAGGGGGCCCAAGAGGCCCUCGGCCACUGGACCAGGUCACAUGUUACAAGUGUGGAGAAAAGGGACAUUAUGCAAACAAAUGCACAAAAGGACACCUGGCAUUCCUAAGUGGACAAUAACAUUCUUUUUCACAAUGUCUUUGUUAAUAAACAGCUGGAUUUUCAUGUGAUAAAAUGUAAAAGAACUGAUCUAUCAGCUUUUCAGCUUGGAGAAGUCAAGUGGACGUUCUCAUUUGCCAAGUUCACAUGCAGGAUAAUGGACAAACUUGGAUUUCUGCCAAGAUCACGAUUUUUGAGUCAAAUGUGAAAAAGGCUGGAUGAGUUAAAAAGAAAGCAAUGAUUAAUUUUGAAGCUCUUAAAUUUAUACUGAUGAGGAUCUGAAACUGGGGAAUAAAACAUUGUGAACACUUGCUAAAAGAAAAAAAAAAACUACAGUAACCUGCAGUAAAAUCAUGUCAGGUUUCAGAAAUAGAACUAUAAAACUAAGAUCACACUCGUUUUGAAAGACGUCUUUUCUGGUUAUGUGUAUUUGCUUUAAGCAGCAUCAGCCUUUAUGAACCUUCGGAUUUUAAAGGUCAGUUGACUUUCAGGCAUAGAUGUGAAGUUAAACGUGUGAUUUGUUAACACUUGAUGUGCUUCAUAGUGAGACCACGUCGAAUAAAGUUACUUAAUUGUAAAGAUGAGAAAGUAGAGAUUGAACAAUAAAAAUGAAUUUUUUUGUA